AUGAAAGAAAUUAUUUUACUGUCGGUUUUUUUCAUUGCUUUUCCACUUAUCGCGAGUGGUACGGUCUACUUUGUCGAUAGGGAAAAAGGAAAUGAUUUCAACACGGGCGAACGUAUCAAACAAGCGUUUGCAACCAUUACCAAGUGCAUCAAAACGCUAAAUAGACCUGGUGAUGAAUGCCAUAUUCGCCAGGGACGUUACCACGAACCGCAGUUCCAGAUAUCAGGCAAAAAAGGAACUCUAUCCCAGCCUAUUAUUAUACGCGGUUAUGGAGAAGAAAUUCCAAUCAUCGAUGGCACCAUUCCAGUUAUACCUCGAGGAAAAUCUAGCUGGAAACGUGGCAAAGAUGGAAUUUACAGUGCCAAAAUUGAGCGAGAUAUCUGGCAGCUUUUCGUCGACGGCGAAAUGAUGACCAACGCUCGUUGGCCAAAUGCUCUGUGGUCGGACAAAACUGUUUUCUUAAACAAGUACUGGGCAAAAUCCUCCUCCAGAUCUACGAGGGGCAAAAUGGUAGAUAGUGGUGAAAAGAAUUUGGCCGGAAGCGGUAUUGACGUGACUGGGGCAGUGGCUAUCCUCAAUGUCGGAAGCUUUAACACUUUUACUGCCAUAGUCCAAAGCCAUAGAUCGGGACAGAAUUUUUUUACUUAUAAAGAUAAUUUUGGCGCCAUAAAGUUCAAACCUGGUCAUAAUCAGUACUUUCUGGAGGAUAAGCUGGAGUUUCUUGACAAUGCUGGCGAAUGGUUUUACGACAAAACAACGAAAACUGUUUAUGUGAAGACCAUGGAUGGAAAAAGUCCUGAAGGAAGGAUUCGUGGAAAGGUACAAACGUACGCUUUCACCAUUUCAAACUGCCAGUAUCUCCACUUCAAACAGCUCUCAUUCUUUGGCACCACAAUCGAAGCUCGUCCAACACACAAACGAGACAUCAUACGAGGUCUUUCGUUUCACUCAAUCAACUUCAAAUUCCCAUCGUACUCUAUGCGCAUGCUUGGUUCCACCUCUCCACCCAGCUGGACUAUAAUUGAACCAAGCCGUGGGAACAACUUCCAGUUGAUUAACAGUACCUUUUAUGGAACCGAUGGUCUUGCCCUCCAGUACAGUGGUGAUGGAUCGCUGCUACAGAAUAAUCUAUUCGAGUACAAUGAUUGGUCAGUUGCCCUCGUGCGAACUAAGAUGGGAGGACUGGGAACUGUUGUAUCCAACGGCAUAAAUGAUCAGUUCGUUAGGAACACGUUGCGUUUUAAUGGUGCCAGCGCUGGCUUCCGUCCAUCAGGACGAAAUCCAGUGAUCAAGCUCAACCAUAUUCACCAUCAAUGCUGGGGAAUUCUACAACACGACGGAUCCGGGAUUCAGUUCCAAAUUGGUGCACAGACGAACGCCCUGUGCAGAAACAACUGGGUUCACUCGAGUCCUAAGUAUGGUCUCCGUUUCGAUGGGCAGCCGCCGCGCGUGGGACGCGGCGGUACAAUGAAGGAAAACGUUGUUUGGAGGAGCGGCGGGAUCAUGAUCAAAGGCGAAUCCCACACAGUGCUAAACAACCUCGCCUUCGACAAACGAAAUGAUAAAAGCGGUGACCAACAAGGCGCAGGUUGCUCUUUAUGUGUUUUGAAGUUCGUUCGUUCGAAUCCAGUUGAGAUCAAUAAACAAACGGAGGUUUUGCGCAACGCAGCAGAUGUGGCAAAUGGUGGCAAACGUAAGAAGCCCCGUGGCAUAUAUCCUCUUGCAGGAAGCCGUGUUGCUUUCAACAUUGUAAGUAACGUGAGGGAACAGGUUGAAGACGCGGAUAACAUGGACUUUCGGCCUCGUAAAGACUCCAAAUACAUUAAAGAUGACGUUGGACCCUACCGUUAUGAUCCAAAUGGUAGAUUCUAUUGGAUUCCUGGACGGCAGCUCUAUAAGACCAGCACUCCUGUGCCUCCUGAUGGCAGCAAAUCGGUGAAGUCUGUCAGAGAUGCUGUAAUGUGGUUAAACGCAUUUGGUGCCUCAACUCACCAUGUAUACUUUGGAACGGACAAGUCGAACGUUGCCGAUGCAUCACGGAACUCCGCCGAGUACAAGGAGAAGAUCACUGCUGAUGGCAACGUGUAUUACUUGAAGGAAAAUCUUUCUUCCAGGUCUACCUAUUACUGGCGAGUAGAUGCUGAAUUGGACGAGAAAACUAUUUACAAGGGAGACGUUUGGUCUUUUCAAACCAAGUAG